AUGCUUCGCGGGCUAGAGAAACACCAGCGCAACAAUGGCGAGGACACGUCGCCGGAGGCCAACGACUCCGGCGAGCUCGACGACCGGAGGAGCUUGGAAUGCUCCACCUCCACCGAGAUGUCGAGCAACAGCGGCCACAGGUCAAGAAACCGAGCCCCGGACGACGACAGCUUCGACUCGGAGAGCAGCUCAUCGGGGCCGCCGACGGUGAAGAGGUCGACCGCGGUGGCCGCGUUACUGCCGCCGUUCUCUCGGCCAACGCCGUCCAAGUGGGACGACGCCGAGAAGUGGAUUUCCAGCCCGACGUCAAACCGUACUGGCCGUGCGGGGCCUACCGCUGGAACUGUGCCAAAGAAGUCCGCAUUGGCAUUUCCUGAACAUGGAGGCCGUCCACCAGCCGUUGCUAAGGUGGUCACGGAUGUGCCUACCAACACUGGACCAUUGGUUAAGAAUUCAGAUGGUCUCGUCCAUUCUGAUUUGCUUAAACCUGCACACAAUGCUUCAAUAGUUGAUGGACCAACACCUGUAGUUAGGUCUGUCUCUAUGAGAGACAUGGGAACAGAAAUGACUCCAAUUGCCAGCCAGGAGCCUUCUCGGACCGCGACUCCUAUAAUUGCAUCUAGUCCAACUUCCUCUCGGACACCAACUCCGCAACGCACCACAGAAUUCAGUGUGAGUAAUAUAGAUUCUAACAAAAUGGAGAUGUGUGAAGAGGAGCUACAAAUAAGUACAAGACAGGAAAUUAUGGAUCUUGGCGAAAGGUUAGGCAAGACUACUAUAGCUGCAUGGGCAAGCAAGGAAGAGAAAGCCGCCGCACAUUCCACGGAUACUACAGCCUAUAAGGCUGUCGAUAUCAACAGGGAGAAUCGAGCGGCAGAUUGGCAGGAGGCAGAGAAGGCAAAGUAUCUUGCAAGGUUUCAGAGGGAGGAAGCAAAGAUCCAAGCUUGGGAAAAUCUCCAGAAAGCGAAAAUUGAAGCUGAAAUGAAAAGGAUAGAGGCCAAGAUAGAGCGGAAACGGGCUCGCGAGCAGGACAGGCUCGGCAGCAAGCUGGCCGCGGUAAGCCACCGAGCAGAGGCGAAGAGGGAGGCCGCGGAGGUGAGGCGGAGCCAGGAAGCCGCGAGAACGGAGGAGCAGGCAGCCCAGAUCCGAGAAACCGGGCAUACGCCUUCCUCCUUCUCCUGCUGGUGCUGGUGCCUGUGA